CGGAGUUCCCGCCUUCUUUGUUUAGAAAAGUGUUCAAGACUACCAAGAUCCGUCUUCGCCCAUCCUCAUCCUACCCGGAGUCCUCGGUGACAACGCGACUUCUGCCAUUUCUUUGUGGAGAAAGAGAACUGCUGCCCCAGACAAAGAAUCAUGGUCCGAGCUAAGACGUGGAUCCUGGCCAAGCACUUCGACGGCUUCCCGAAGGACAGCGACUUUGAGCUCAAGGUGGAGGAGCUCCCUGCGCCCAGAGAUGGGGAGGUGCUUUUGGAGGCGCUGUUUCUCAGUGUGGACCCCUACAUGAGGCCAUUUAGCAAGUUUCGCAUGAAUGAAGGCGAUGUGAUGAUCGGGAGUCAAGUGGCCAAAGUGAUCCAAAGCAAGAAUCCGGCAUUCCCCGUGGGGAGCCAUGUGGUCGGUCGCUGUGGUUGGAGGAGCCACACGGUCUGUGACGGCAAAGACCUCGUCCCCAUCAUGCCCGGCUGGCCGCAAGACGUCUCGUUGUCCCUGGCUCUGGGCGCCAUCGGCAUGCCGGGACUGACGGCCCUGUACGGCAUAGAAGAGGUCUUGGGUCUCCAGAAGGGUGAGACCCUGCUGGUGAACGCUGCGGCGGGGGCGGUGGGCUCCGUGGUGGGACAGCUCGCCAAGAUCAAGGGCUGCAAGGUGGUGGGUUCGGCGGGCUCCGACGCCAAGGUGGCUUUCCUCAAAGAGCUGGGCUUCGACGAGGCCUUCAACUACAAGACCGUCGGCUCCCUGGAGGAGGCGCUGAAGAAGGCGUCUCCGGACGGAUACGACUGCUUCUUUGAAAAUGUGGGAGGCCCUUUUUCAAGUGUUGCCAUUCAACAGAUGAAGAACUUUGGAAGAAUAGCCGUAUGUGGCUCUAUUUCUACAUACAAUGACACUACGCCGCAAACAGGCCCGUUCCCCCAUCUCACAAUGAUCUUGAAGCAGCUUAAGAUGGAGGGAUUCAUGCAGUCCAGGUGGGAGCACAAGCACCCAGAGUCCCUCAAGAGGCUGAUGGGAUGGUUUAAAGAGGGCAAACUGCAGUGUCGGGAGCACAUCACAAGAGGCUUUGAAAAGAUGCCGGCUGCUUUUAUGGGAAUACUGCAGGGGGAGAACAUCGGGAAGGCUGUUGUUGCCGCCUGAUGCGGAUCAAAGAAGAAGAAUCCAUCUUAUGAAUAACCUACACAUAAUUGAAGCAUUCAUACAUGAAUGAUUUGGCCUUUGACACCAAUAGCUGUGCAGUUGUUUUCAAAUUGAAAUGAUGUCCAUGAAUAAAUGUGAUUUAUACCUAA